UUUACCACUCAAAGUCCUCUUUCCUCUCUCUCUCUCUCUCUCUCUCUCUCAUUCAAAGAGAAGAUUGAAUAGGGAAGCAAAUGGGUUCUGGAUCUUUCUUCAAGGUGUUGGCCAAAAACUUCGAUGUCCUUGCAGGGCCUUUGAUUACGCUUGUUUAUCCUUUCAGGUAUGCUUCAGUAAAGGCAAUAGAAACCAAAUCUCCCAUAGAUGAUCAACAGUGGCUCACUUAUUGGGUGUUGUAUUCUCUUAUUACACUCUUUGAGCUUACUUUUGCAAAAGUAAUCGAAUGGUUUCCAUUUUGGCCUUAUGCCAAGCUGAUAUUUAACUGCUGGCUAGUCUUGCCCUACUUCAGCGGAGCAUCAUAUGUUUAUCAGCAUUAUGUGAGGCCGUUCUUUGUGAACCAGCAGACAAUACAUAUCUGGGGCAUGCCUCGUAAUAAGGAUGUCUUCAGUAGACCAGAUGAUAUUCUAUCUGCUGCAGAGAUAUAUAUUCAAGAGAAUGGCCCAGAAGCAUUUGAAAAGCUCAUAGCCAAGGCUCGAAGAAAGUCCAAGUAUGCUAGCAACAGCUAUGUGACUUCUGAUGAGAUUGAAGAUAAUAGUGGUAAUUACUCAGUUAUCCAUGACGAUACUCGGUAUUAAAGCUAGGAUCUCUUCCUGUUUGGUUUAAGCUGGUCAGUCGUCCCUUUGGCUUUCAUCUUGGUUUCGACAGCAACGAAGACUUCUGGCUCAUCGAAAGUUUGAAUCCAUACAAUUUUAUGUUUUUUUGUCUUCAUGACUGACCUACUGACUGUAAAUAGAUAGUUUUGGAGAUUUAUUCAGCUUGUGCAUGCUAAUAAUUAAUGCUUGUAGAUGCUUGUCUGACGUCAACUCUGGUUCGCAUCAGGUUGGCUUUUUAGUUCGUGUUUUAAGCAGCUACUUGAUUUUGUAUAUUAGAGGGGAUUACAGGGACUGUAGGAAAUCUUAAAUUUACUGAGGCUUAUAAUAAGGGACUGCUGAUGUGAUAAAUGUAUGGUCCAUUAUUCAUAAGAGUUGGCUCGUGCGUAUGUUAUAA